UUUGUAUUCGAAACGCCGGAGAGGAAAACGGGACCUGACGCUCCGCCUGGCGCGAUUCCUCCUUCUCCUCCUCAGCCGAAGGCGCCGGUCGCUCCUGCCUUCGAGAGCGAGCUUCGGAAAGGAGGAUGAACGAGGCCGGCUCUUCCUCACCCCGCUGCUCCCGCGACCGGGCGGGAGGGGGCCGCGGCGGCGGCUCCUUUCUCCGCGGCGUUGGUGGCCAGACGGGCUGGUGCAGCGACUGCAGCCGACGCCGUUCAAAGGAACGAGAGCGACAGCAUCACGAGUUUCAGUUCCCAGGAGCCCGCCGCCGCCGCUGCCACGACAUGAGUCAGGCUUUCUUCCCCGGCGCGUGGCGGAAACCUCCUCCCCCUCGCCGCACCUGGGCUCGCCCCCGGCCCUUGCCUCCUCGGGGGAUGCCCCAGCGCCGGGAGCUGCGGGGUCUACGGAAGGCCGGUGGCUCCCAGCGAUAGGUGUUGUCUUUUGUGCAGUGCAGUUGCUGCCAUGCGGUCUCCUCGCCCUUCCACGGGCAGGGGCGAGGCUACCGGACAGAUGUUGCAGCUGUUUCCAGUUAACUGCCUUAGCUCCUCUGGGAUAGGCUCUUCUCUAACAAGGAGUGGUUGCAACGCAUCCUUAACUGGAGGACAGAGGCAGGCCGGCCCUGUAAACGACUGAUCUCAACAGGUGUCUCCAAGCAGCGACGCCUUUUUCGUUCAUUGUCCUGGCUAUAUCCCCCAUUGGUUUGACUCAAGAGGCAAGGUGCCCCGGACAUGUGAGCAACACAAAUGAUAAGCAUGCCUUUUAGGGCUAGAAAAGAAAAAGCCAUCCGAAAUUCCAGGUUUAAAACAGACAGCCACACAUGUUACAUUUCAUGGGUCCAACUAUAGUUCUACAGAAGCAAUGUUAGGUUUGAUUGGGGGCAAUUUACUGGCAGUUAGUUUAUUGGCAUUUCAUGUCAAAACCUAGUUCUAAGCAUUUCUUACCAAUAAUCGAGAAUGUCUCUCCCAAGAAUUUAAAAAUGAUCAAGCCGAAAAGCUGUAGUACGGGAGGAAUUUUCAUUUUGUUAAAUUUAGGUUGUUAGGGGAAUCAGCGCUUAUGGUUAGACCUCUGAUUCAGGAAAUCUCACGGAUUUACAUUCCUAUUUCAGAAGAUUGUUAAAGCAAAAACGAUUGUCAUUUGCAGUUUUGAUACACCUCUAGUUGUCAAUUCAACUUUUUACCUUUAGUUUUCGCUGAACUCUUCCCCCUGCUCCAAGGGGAAGCCUUCAAAAAGUGAAUUAUAUCACCUUUUGCAUGUUAUUGAAUAGAAGUGCACACUCAACAUCCCGUCUAUCCGGUAUGAAAGCUAUGAUACAUUGUUGCUUUAUCUGGGGUCUCCCACACUGAAAAGAAAAACUGGGGCUUAAUUUAUUUAUUCUUUUUACUUUAUAUUGCUAAUGUAAACCUCUGCUAGAAGUAAAUAGGCUCUCACAAAUAUUCGAAGUGAUACAGUAAUAAAAAGCAAAUAUGUUUGAGAAGA